GCAUGGGUCGACAGAAGGAGCUGGUGUCCCGCUGCGGGGAGGUGCUGCACGUCCGCUACCGGCUGCUCCGCCAGGCGAUGGCCGAGUGCCUGGGGACGCUCAUCCUCGUGAUGUUCGGCUGUGGCUCCGUGGCCCAGGUGGUGCUCAGCCGGGGCACACAUGGGGGCUUCCUCACCAUCAACCUGGCCUUCGGCUUUGCCGUCACCCUGGGCAUCCUCAUCGCUGGCCAGGUCUCUGGGGCCCACCUGAACCCUGCUGUGACCUUUGCCAUGUGCUUCUUGGCACGAGAGCCCUGGAUCAAGCUGCCCGUCUACACCCUGGCUCAGACGCUGGGAGCCUUCUUGGGUGCUGGGAUCAUUUUUGGGCUGUACUAUGAUGCGAUCUGGGCCUUCGCCAACAACGAGCUAAUCGUCUCCGGCCCCAACGGCACGGCCGGCAUCUUUGCCACUUACCCCUCUGGACACCUGGACAUGGUCAAUGGCUUCUUCGACCAGUUCAUAGGCACAGCCUCCCUCAUCGUGUGUGUGCUGGCCAUCGUGGACCCCUACAACAAUCCCGUCCCCCGCGGCCUGGAGGCCUUCACCGUGGGCCUCGUGGUCCUGGUCAUCGGCACCUCCAUGGGCUUCAACUCCGGCUACGCCGUCAACCCUGCCCGGGACUUCGGCCCCCGCCUGUUCACCGCCAUCGCCGGCUGGGGCUCGGAAGUCUUCACGACCGGCCGGCACUGGUGGUGGGUGCCCAUCGUGUCUCCGCUGCUGGGCUCCAUCACGGGUGUCUUCGUGUACCAGUUCAUGAUCGGCUGCCACCUGGAGCAGCCGCCCCCCUCCACCGAGCAGGAGAACGUGAAGCUGGCCCACGUGACGCACAAGGAGCAGAUCUGAGGGGCGGCCGGGCCUCUCCUGGAGCCUUAAAGACUGAGCCGGGACCACUCCCCGGCAGCCCCUCACGCUCCCCUGCGCGUCCACCCCGCUGGACACCCUCCUCCAGGAUUUCCACUGGACCCUGCCCAACUGGACAGAGGAGAGAAUGGGCAGCAGUCAGUCGUGUGCGUGUGUGUGUGUGUGUGUGUGCGUGUGUGUGGUUUCCCAGAUAUUCAGGGCAAGAAGGGAUCUUUCUUAAAAGACCCUAAUGGUGCCGUGAGCCCGGGGGAGGCAGAGGCGGCGCGGCCCUCUGUGGGUGAGGGAGGCCACACGGUGUGCGUGUUGAGGGGCUCCGGGUGGCGGAGGGUCUGGUGUGUGUCUCUGAGUGUGUGUCUGCCCUUUUUUCUAAGUGGGCCUUCAGGCUUUGGGGAGGAGGGGCCCCUUCUCCGGCCUGGGGCUCUAGAAUCCCUGAGUCGGAGCUGCGUAGUGUGCUUCUGUCGUAAAAUAGGCAUGGGGUAGGGGGUGAAGUCCAGGUCAUAAGUUUCAUGUUUGCUUUUAUGUUGUUUUUAAAAUAUAUACAGCAGAUGUUACAGUCUUAGGGAUGGGGGUUGGGAGACCCUAACAAAAGGGUCUUUACCCCUUUAAUACACCGCUCCACAGUGUACUCCUUUGCCUUUUAUAAAAAAAAUAAUAAAAUGUAUGCCGAAGAUUGCCGGUUUUACAGA